AAUUUGUUAGAAAACUGACAGACAGCUGCAUUUGUUUUCAUUUCAACUUAAAAAACAAAGAAUUUUGUACAAAAAUAAUAAAGUUCUAUAAAAAUGGAUGUUUUAAAAGCUGAAAUAGCCCGAAAACGUAAGCUUCUCGAAGAAAAGCAAGUAAUGGGAGAGAAGAAAUAUUUUCGCAGAGGUGAUUUGAAUGCAAAGAAUACUGAAGAAAUCCUCCAAAAAAUUGGCUACAAAAUUACAGAAUCAGAAAAUAAAACAGACGCUUCCCAAGAAGGAAACAGCAACAUACAAAACUCUGUCUCGGAGACUAACAUCCUGCCCAGAUUGGAAGUCAUCCGUCGUCUGCGGGAGCGUGGUGAACCAAUUUCACUUUUUGGUGAAACAGAAUUAGAAUCCUUUCAUCGAUUGCGUUACUGUGAGAUCUCACAGCCCGAGACGAAUCGUGGUUUCCGCAAUGACUUCCAGGAAGCUCUUGAACAAGUAGAUCAGGCUUAUCUCAAUGAAAUGUUUGCCAACACGCCAACAACGAAGGUGGAAAAACAAACAGAUGAAGCCGAAAUAGACGACUCGGUGAGUUGGGAGUCAAUCCACGAAAUGGCCAGGACAAUGGGUCGUGGGAACAAGGAACACGAUAUGGACGUCAUCAUAACUCUUCUGACAUUCCUGCUUAAGCUAUGGAACGAUCAGAUCACUUCGUAUUCAGCCCAGGAAAAGCAAUCGACAAAAGUCAAAAUGGCCCGGGUUAUCUAUACCCAAACCAAGGAGUACGUGAAGCCACUGUUUCGAAAGUUGAAACACAAAAACCUGCCCGAUGAUAUUCUCGACAGUUUGAGAGAUAUUACAAAACAUUUACUAUCGAGGAACUACAUCCACGCCAGUGAUGCGUACCUGGAAAUGGCCAUCGGAAAUGCUCCUUGGCCCAUCGGAGUUACUAUGGUGGGUAUUCACGCACGUACUGGACGUGAGAAGAUUUUCUCAAAGAACGUAGCUCACGUGAUGAACGACGAAACGCAGCGCAAAUACAUUCAGGGCCUUAAGAGAUUAAUGACCAAAUGCCAGGAAUAUUUCCCAACAGAUCCGUCAAAGUGUGUUGAGUAUGUAAGCAAGAAAGAUCAGGACCAGAACUAAGGAAUUCGAUACAUUUAUUUUGCGUAGUUUGUAAGACAUACAAAAAUAAAACCUUUAUACAAAUUUGUUUUCUAUUAA